AUGGCACCACCAGCAUGCUCCCUAUUGGUGACGCUGAACAACGUCAAAUAUGCCGGCAAAUUUACGAAUCUGAACCGAUUUUUUGAGUUGCUCGACGCUGUUGAAGAGAGUGCGAUUGAAAAAAUAACACUAAAAAGUUUCGAUAAGCGACCGGAUGAUCCUGAAUGGUGCACGUUUGUGGAUGAAAUCGGUAGAUUGUUAUGGCAACUGCAAGAUCGUGUUUACAAUAUGACUGCGAAUAGCAAAUCUCGCACCUUCACGGUACUUCUGUUGUUUCAUAUCGUCUGA